AUUAGUCCCUCUCACUCAUCCACCAUAAACAUAAACCCAGCCACUUUGUCUUUGUCUUUGUCUUUGAACAAAAAAGAUGAACUGCUUGAUAAGUUGGCCGGAGCCGAUAGUCCGAGUCCAAGCCUUAUCGGAGAGUGGGAUAAGAGCAAUCCCAGCGCGCUACAUCAAGCCCCCCUCCGAUAGGCCUACAUGGAACAACACCCCCACCACCACUACAACCACCAAGAAUUUAGCUCAGACUCCCAUUAACAUCCCAGUCAUUGACCUCCAAAACCUUCUCAGCGCCGACCAGAGCCUCAGAGACGAGACUCUGGGCCUCAUCUCACACGCAUGCCAGGAGUGGGGAUUCUUUCAGGUUGUGAACCACGGCGUGAGCCACGAGCUGAUGAAGCGCGCCAGAGAGGUGUGGCGCGAGUUCUUUCUCCUCCCACUUGAAGUGAAGCAAGAAUAUGCCAACUCGCCGAGUACGUACGAAGGGUACGGUAGUCGCUUGGGCGUGGAGAAGGGGGCGAUUCUUGACUGGAGCGACUAUUUCUUCCUCCAUUAUAUGCCUCACUCGUUGAGGAACGAGAGCAAGUGGCCCGAACUCCCACCAUCAUGCAGGAAAUUGUUAAGGGAAUACGGUGAUGAAGCGGUAAAGCUAUGUGGAAGAUUGAUGAGGGGAUUGUCCGUAAAUCUUGGGCUUGGAGAGGAGUAUCUUCAGAAUGCCUUUGGAGGUGAGGAGAUCGGUGCAUGCUUGAGGGUGAACUUUUACCCAAAAUGCCCUCAACCUGACCUAACUCUUGGCCUGUCCCCGCACUCUGAUCCCGGUGGCUUGACCCUUCUCCUCCCCGAUGAGAAUGUGUCCGGACUCCAAGUCCGUAAAUCCAAUGAGUGGGUCACUGUUAACCCUGCUCCAAAUGCCUUCAUCGUCAACAUAGGGGACCAAAUUCAGGUACUGAGUAAUGCAAUUUACAAGAGUGUGGACCACCGGGUGAUCGUGAACGCAGCCAAGGACCGAGUGUCGCUGGCCUUGUUCUAUAACCCAAAGAGCGACUUGCCCAUUGAGCCUGCCAAGGAGCUUGUGACCGAGGACCGGCCUGCGCUCUAUCCGCCGAUGACAUUUGACGAAUACAGGCUUUAUAUCAGGACAAAGGGUCCAUGUGGGAAGGCUCAAGUUGAAUCCUUAAAAUCCCCCAGAUAAUUUCCAUUUCUUGUUUCUGAAGAAAUUAAUCUCGCUGGCAUUUCCUUCUGAAUAAUCCUUCGUUAAAAAACUUGAAUUGAGUGGGAAAAAGUCAGAGCCGCAAUGAUGAACGAACCUCAAUUUGCUUUUUAUCUUCAAGUACGUUCGUUUUUUCCCGUGUCAAUCCAGGAAGGAAGGAAAAUGAUCAAUGAUGUGAGAUCGAUGUUGGUUUAAAUGUUAUAUACAUGUAAACAUAUGUUUUCUUGAGAAUUUGGAGUGAUUGCUUGUGUCCAUUCAGCCAAUAAAAUGAAUCUAAUGAUGAAACUGAAUUUGAUUAGGCAA